AUGGACAGUCCAACCAAAACCUCGCCGCAAACCUCACUCUUCCAGGUCUACCUCCGUCUACGCCCACCUAUUCAACCUCAAGUGCCCAAGCAAAAAGCUGAGAAAGCUGAGCCAUGGUUGAUCGUCGAACCAGCGAGUCCGGCAGCUACAAAAACUGAGAACGAAGUCAAGACAUUUCCCACUCAUAUCACGCUCCAACCUCCGAAUGACUCCCGCAAACGUGCAAUUGAGAGAUUCGGGUUCACCAAGAUUUUUCAAGAGGAUGCCACGCAGUUAGAUGUGUUCCAAGAGACAGGCACAGCCGACGCAGUUCAAAGUGUGCUACAAACAGGAAGAGAUGGCUUAGUAGCAACUCUUGGAGUGACUGGGAGUGGAAAGAGUCACACUAUCCUAGGAUCGAAGUCUCAACGGGGACUGACGCAGAUGACCUUGGAUGUGCUUUUCAGAUCAAUUGCAGAGAAAAUCAGGCGCCCUCAUCACCCAGAUCUACCCACGGAUACGGAGCUGCUGUCCUCUCUCCAGGCUUCCGAUCCGUCUGAGGCUCAGAUUCUCUCCGCAACCACUUUCCUAGAUUCAGUCUUCAGCGAUGGCGACCGAGCCAGAUUAUCACGAGCCCAGACACCCAUGUCAAGGGCCCAGACGCCAAUGAUGGAUGCCGUAUCGCACUACAAUCGAAAGAUGCCCAUGCCGCGACCCAGCCACUUUCCCCAGCAGCCGGACCUUUCAUCGUAUUCUUUGGACGUCGACCCUCACGCAGAAUAUGCUGUCCUCGUUUCGAUGUACGAGGUUUACAAUGAUCGCAUCUUCGACUUGCUAUCGAAUCCCACAUCCCCUAAUGCACCGCCGAUGACAACCAGACAGGGAGCUGCCCUUCAAAAAGGAUUGCUUCGACGACCCUUGCUGUUCAAGAAUACCGAAAUGUCGUCAGAUCGCAAGGUUGUCGCAGGAUUGCGCAAGAUCGUGUGUGGAAGCUACGACGAGGCUAUGAUGGUCCUUGAGGCGGGGCUAACCGAAAGAAGGGUGGCAGGGACUGGAAGCAAUAGCGUCAGCUCGAGAAGUCAUGGCUUUUUCUGCAUCGAAGUGAAGAAAAGACCACAAAUGCAAGGAUAUGGAGGAUAUGGCAUGGCUGGCUGGAGCGGUGGCACCAUGUCGAUUGUUGAUCUGGCGGGGUCGGAACGAGCCAGAAAUGCAAAGACUACCGGAUCGACUCUCGCCGAAGCUGGAAAAAUCAACGAAAGUUUGAUGUACCUUGGGCAGUGUUUACAGGUUCAAAGCGACUGUCAACAAGAGGGCAGCAAGCCGAUCGUACCGUUUAGACAGUGCAAGCUCACGGAGUUGUUGUUUUCGAACUCUUUUCCCUCGGCGAACCACACCGCAGCAUACAGACCACCGCAGAAGGCCGUCAUGAUUGUGACUGCAGAUCCACUGGGGGAUUUCAAUGCCACCAGUCAGAUUCUGAGAUACUCAGCUCUAGCCAGGGAGGUCACGGUUCCUAGAGUCCCAAGUGUGACCAGCGCAAUUCUUGGGGGAGGACCGCAGGCAAGAGCUGGCCUCAAUGGACGCACUACUCCUCAAGAUAUGCACAAUAAUUAUUUCAGUGCUCAAGAACUGGAACAAGCGACCAAUGAAGCCGCUCGGCUGGCAGAAGAAUGCAACGCUCUUGCGGUCCGACUUGCGGAAGAAGAGAUCAAGCGAAGCGAAGCAGAGCUGAAGCUUCAAGCAGCAGAAGAGAAGAUGAUAGUGAUGGAGCAAGAAGUGCGAGAAGAGUGUUGGACCGAGAUGGAGCAGAGGUUGGAGGAAGAAAAAGAACGAUGGCGAAUGGCCUGGGAGCAAGAGAAGCUCCGGGGUGAAGAGUUCAUCGACGGCAAGCUUGAAAUACUCGAAAAGACGACCAAGAUCACGAUUCAUGAAGACGCUCCCAAUGAUGCCAGAGUUGAUGAACUUGAGCGGGAGAAUGAAAUGCUUAAAGCAAAGUUGCGAGUAUUAGAGCAGGAGAUGCAGACAAGAAGUCCGACAAAGAAAACAAGAGCAGCAGCAUCGACAAAGUCACGGUCGCCGACCAAAGGGCUGAUCUUACAGGAGGCCUCAAACGGCAACAUUGCCACAAAUCCGUUCCUUACUUCGUUGAGAUUACGGGACAGUGAUGCGACAGUCAAAGCAAAGUCCAGUGAGGAGGAUUUCCAACUGUUGGAUGUCUCUCCACGAAAGCUCUCGUUGAGAAGUUCAAGCGUAACCCGGGCUGUCGCAGGGGAACAACCACCACCAAGUACGGUCAAGAAGCCUCGCAAGCUGACCACCCGCAAGUGGGAUUUGGGUGAUCCAGAUGAGUUUUGA